UCCUUCGACAAGCCGCUUUGAGCCUUCGUUCUGGAACGUACCAAACAUUCUUUCGGUUUCGCGACUCGCUUUUGUCCCUGCGCUGAUCGUGACGCACUACGCACCGGUGAGUUGUUUUCCGCUACAACUUCUAGAUGGUUCUUCACAGUUCUUUUCUCUCGGAUUUGGUGAUCAUGUCAGUCUCGACAGAGAACAGGCCAGUGCGCUGUUAUUUGGAGCUUCGGCUUUCACGGAUUGGCUGGACGGCGUUGCGGCCAGGCGUCUGAAGCAGCAGACCCUAUUUGGCGCGUGGCUAGACCCAGUGGUCGACAAGAUCACUGUGGCUACUGUGUCCUGUCUCUUAGUCGAAAAAUUCGCAGACCCAAUCGUGACAGUUCCGAUAAUGCUAAUCUUAGCGCGUGAACUCGCCGUAAGCGGAUUUAGGGAGCUGUUUUUACUGGCCAAAAAGGAAGGGGAGGAGGUGCAGCAACAUGGCGAAGGUGGGAGGACACCAACACCCUCAUCGCAGCACCAUGGCGAAGGUGGGAGGACAUCAAGAGCACCCUACAUUAGUCCGGAACGACCUACGACUUCACGCUUAGAGGUGACGACUCUUUUUAAGGCACGACAACAGCAGGGUGAUUUACUCACGUUAGUUAGACUAAAAUGAAAACGAGUGAAUGUGAAUCCCUUAAUCAGCAGGGUGAUUUACUCACGAUAGACUAAAAGGAAAACGAGUGAAUGUGAAUCUUGCUAAGUGGUCGUGGAUGAAAGAUCAAGAUUGUUGUUGGUGCAGGUACUUAGACAGCUCAACUUCGUCUAUCUUUGACGACGGUACUAGUAAAACCUAGAAUUUACAACAUCAGCCAUCAAGUUUUGACGUUGUGACACCGCAACCUCUUUUCAUAGCUGCGAAGUGGAAGACGGCGUCUCAGCUUGCGAGCAUUGUUCUGUUGCUUCUCGCAAAAAGGGACUCUGAGAGAGGCGACUCUCAAGCAGGCAAACCUGAAGAUGGCGAGGAUAGCAAGGGCCUGGAUGCCACAUCCCAAGAACCGGAAGCUCUUUUUGGCUCAACGUCUAAAACAUGGAACAACAGCACUGUGAUCUUGCAUCACACUGGUGUCGCAUUGCUCUGGACUGCUGCGGCACUGUCAAUAGUCACCGGUCGCAACUACGGCACCACGGUCUUUCGCGAAGUACGCCAAUCUGCGGGAAGGUUGUUGCGACCAAAGUGAGUAUACGACGCAUACUGCAUAUCUCCGCACGGCGCGACUGCAUUUAUCUCGCACGAUCCUCCAGCCACAUCAUGUACGAAGACGUGAGCAUUCGAAAUCUUUCACCACAAAGGGAUCAAGUGGUGGAUAACGGCAUCAAGGAAGAACUUAUUCGUCAAUGCAGGAGAAGGAUUACGUCCAGCAACCUCUGAGGACUUGAAUUGCUGAAGUUGGGAAAAAAAUCCGCAAUCUACCGAUCGAGAUAUUUUUAGUCCAUCGAUCGCCCACGAUCGCUUUAUUGACGCUUUAUGAUCACUUCUAUGGUCGUCCGCACGAUAUUAGCGCUUCAUUAUUACGGUGGCGCAGAUCCUGAACAUGGCUUCUAUAUUACACGGCUUCUAUGCGCGAGCGGUUACAUCAGGAAGAGACGCAUGAUAAAAAAGUAGUUCCCGCACCACCUUCUUCCACUGCUCCAGCUGGUGACUCGUGGUCCCUACUUCAUCACGAAGGGUUAACCUUGAGGACGUGUUGAACACAGCAGCGCAGUGUUAGACUGCGCUAGAGGAUAAUCGCACUCGUGGAGAUAGAAAAACUGUCAUCAUGAUAUCCUUGUGUGUUGCCUCUACGUGGAGAUAGAAAAACUGUCAUCGUGAUAUCCUUGUUUGUUGCCUCUACGAUUGAAUGGCCCAAUGUUGCCUUUGCGACCUUCUUGUAUUUUUGUGUAUUUGAAGGCAUCCGCAUCGGCGAUGCACAGUCCAAACCUGAGUAGGAAUGUCAUGAAACGGAGAAUGCUAAGGAUGCUACGAAGUUCUGGAAGAUUCGGUUUUUGUUUGUGAUUGUUUUCUUUGUUUCAAAUUACGCGUGAAAGAUGCGCUGAG